ACGAGGAGCGCUUUUGCUUUGCGAAGUGUUCUCGCUCGGAAGGAGUUUUAAGAUCUGAUAUUUCCGGGAAUACUCAUUUCGGAAUUAGUGGUGAACUCUUCGUAACAGGAAAGGCGGCCGAGAAAACAUCCAGCAACUGAUCUUUUUUCUGUUUUCUUCUUUUAUAUUUUUUAUACCUUUUAUAUUGAUCAGCGAGAAAAAGUUUUAAAACUUCAUAAAAAGAACUCUAUUUAUAAACUUUAUCAUCAUCGCAAAAUUUUUAAAUGCAAGAACUGUUUUUAAUCUUGAAGAAGACUGGAAUAAGACUGAAAGAAUUUUAAAACGAUCAAACCGAACGAAAAUAUUUAUCAUCAGGUUGUACUCUAUGCUUUGAUACAUACUCACGUGAAUUCUGUGGAUAAGUUUUGUCGAUUGUUUUUUAUUAUUUAUUACUUAUCAUUGCCACAAUUGGAAUUAGCUUCAAACCAAGUCAUUCUUACGACUAUCUUCUACAAGUAUAUUGGUGGCAUCUUAUGAUUAAAUGAUUAAUAUUUUGAAUUCAACCCUGCUUUCUUCAAACGCGUGACAAUCCUGGUCAGAAGAAUCUACUCUGUUGCAAAAGGAUAUCUUGUCUAUCAUCGAUCUUCGUCUUCGUGAAGAACACCAUGCACGUUGAGAUACAGGUGGCCCUGAAUUUCUUCAUUUCUUUUCUGUACAAUAAAUUGCCAAGGCGUCGUGUAAACCAGUUUGGAGAAGAGUUGGAAAAAACUCUUAAGCAGAAAUUUGUUGGACAUUGGUACCCUGAGAAACCUUUCAAAGGAUCAGCUUUCCGGUGCCUGAAGACGGCGUUGCCUUUGGAUCCUGUUUUUGACAUUGCUGCUCAAGAAAGUGGCAUGGCAUUAUCAGACAUUCAGGAAAAUUUACCUGAAGAACUCAGCAUAUGGAUAGAUCCUGGUGAAGUUUCUUACAGGUUAGGGGAGAAAGGCUGCGUGAAGAUUCUGUAUUCCGAGUCGGACAAUUCUGAGGAUCGGGCCGAUCGUGAAAUCUACAGAACUUUCAACCCAGAAGCUCAGUGUUUCAAACCCAUUGAUUCCGUGGCCUCACAGUUGGGGUCAAUGUCACUCUCAUCUGGAUCUUCCUCUUCAAGCAGCCCGUACGGCAAUUCACCCUCACCAACCUAUAAGUCAUCACCUAGUCCCAUCAACGGCUUCCUGCCAAAGGUUACAACUCCGCUCACUUUCACAACAGCUACUUUUGCUCAGACGAAGUUCGGCUCCACGAAGCUGAAGAGCAAUGGAAAAAGAUCACAUCGAAUGUCGCCAACAGAGUUCAGCAGCUACAUUAAGACACGAGCCAUCAUGCAACAACAGCAGCAAUCUCAGAUGCCGCAAAUGUUUGGUUCCGUCAAUCAGCAACAAAGGCCCAGAUCACUCUCUCCAACCCCACCAAACAAUACUUCACAACAGCAACAGAUCGAUGCCAACAACUUCAUGCUUCUGGCUUCAUCGGCCAACUUGCACCAGCAAGCAACUUUUCCACCAACAGCGCAAUCACAUUUCUCUCCUAAUCAGAGAUCAGGUCUUUACGAUGGAGGAUACCUCAACGAUAUUUUCUCCAGUGCAUCGGCCUCUAACGGCCUUGGAGAUCAGCUCAAUAAUGGAGGUCUUCUGACACCAAACAGCAAUAAUGCCACUACGAAGCCCACGUCAAAUUCGCGUUUGAGCCAGGCCGUGACAAAUGCAAACGCAUUGUCGCUGUUUCUUGACAAAGGUCCUUUCAGCAGUCCUGCAUCUUCAGUCACCGGGGCUCCCACUGGACCAGUGAGUUUCAAAAAUGCCUCUGUUGGAGACAGUGGCAGCAAGAGCUAUGGAAAUGGAAUCGACAAUUUUAGUGUUGGUGGGAUGUCAUAUCCCAACCAGCAUCUCUUGAUGGCUAAUUAAUUCCUUAUGAUUGAAACCGGUGAUAUCUGGAUACGUCUCGCUUAAUCGUAACGUAUUUUUUUAGUCACUAGACUUAAUAAAAUGCAAUUAAAUAAGUAAUUUUAAUUCUUAAUUCGGAUUUUUUUUGUUUUUUGUGAUGAUGAUUAUGUUUUUAUAAACUAUUUUAAAUGGGGUAAAUUCAGAGCGUCAUUGGAAGGGCAAGCUUGUAUCGGAAAAAUAAAAUUACAUUGUUCGAAUAUAAAGUCUUAAUGGAUCAGAAUCCAAAUAAAAUGUUUUAGAGGUCGAGUACCAGUUAAGCCAGGCGUUUCCAGAUAGCAUUGAUGCCUUGCCAAGUUAGACUGUUUUGAUGGCCUUGAAUGUAACGAUGACCUUGAAUCUGUGAUGGGAAAAAUAAGUCUCUUUUGCAAAACUUUUAAAGAAGACACAAAAGUCUUUCAGAAAUGAAGCCAACCCAUAAAUACAUUAGCCGAUUGACGUCUGAUUCCGGAGAAUUUUCACUGUCCACAAUCAUACUAUUAUUAAGAUAACGACUCCUCGGUCUGCACAAUUCAUUGAUCAUUUAUUGCUGUCCAAGAGAUGUCUUAGUAUUUCCUCAAUAGGCAUCCACCCUGUUUAAUGUAUAAAUUCGCACAUUUUGUUAAAUAAAUAAUUACCAUUGAGAAUGCCCGAUUCGGCAAAUUAAACAGGAUACUAAGAGAAGCAAUAUUUUAGUGCAUGUUUAAAAGUAUUUGAAAAUUCGCGACUUUGAGAUAAAUCAGCAGAUGGAAUUUCAAACUGUUGGAAAUGGUUGGUUUCGGUAUACUAUGAGAGAAUCAGUGUAUGAAAUAAAUAUGGCAUCUUUCAAAAUCUUUGUGAUCUACAGCAAAAUCAAGCUGGUCCACAGCUUUAGGCAGCUAUAUAAGGGCUUGUGAAUCAGCGAAAGAAUAUAAAAUUUAUUUUAAGGAAGAGUCUCUAGAAGAAAAAAAAAAACUUUUUUAAAAUUUUUUAAAUAUUCAGGAUAAUAAUAUAAUACAGGAUUUGGACACAAACAAGGGAAGUCUACUACAAAAAAACAGAAUAUUGAUUGGACUGAGUCAAGUUUUUAAGAUGCAACAUUAUGUAAUUCUGUGACUUAUGUCGUCAAAAAGUUAGUGAGAUUACUUGGACUUCCUGUGUAAAAUAUUUUAUUUUGUGAUGAAUUAGUACAAAAUCUGCAUUUUGUUUAUUUCUAGUUUGAAUACUUCAUUGCUUAAUAUAUACAGUAGUUAUUUUUUUAUAUUAUCCCGGUUGCUUCGCAACAACUUGUGUUUCACAGAACGGAGUAUUUGAUUUUGUUAUGACAAUCUGAAUGUUGUUUAAUCUCUUUUUAUAUUUUUAUAGUUUGUUGAUGUACAUUAAGAAAUAUUUUAAAGAAUUCACUUUGUGUUGAUUUUCAUUUGCUUAUAAGCUCAUUAUGCCAUCAUAAUUGUGAUUGGAACUUUGAAUAUAAAUAUUUAUUUUUCAAGCAACGAUUUCUGAAAGUUGUGGAGAAAAAUUUUCCCUUAUUUUUUAAUGACAUUAAAUUAAUCUGGUGCUAAAUUUAUGCUGAUAACGAAAGAAAAGAUCUUCAACAAUUCGUCCUACUUAAGUCAAAAAAAUUUGUGUUCAAAGAUGGAUGUCUGUAGAUUGAAAUCUAUUUUUUAAGAAAAUCCGAAUGGAUAGAUUAAAUGUGAUGCAAGUUUCAAUGUGAUUCAUGUCAAAGAAAGUAAAAUUAUAUUGAAGAUUUCUAUGUUUAUCAGCAUUAAUAACAGUACUAUCUAUUUUUUUAGCUUGGGCAUUGAAGUUCGUGAAUCUACGUUUCACAAAGAUGCUUUUGUAUACUGUUUUUAUUUCAAAUGAUUAAUUUUCAUGAACUUUGUGAAUAUUUUAAGGAUAAAAAUACAAUUUAACGAAUUUCAAUACAAUAAUAUAGAUUUCUGCAUUUUUAAAUAAAAGAAGCUAUGAUCUAUAAACAAAUACUAACUUAAAUUUACUAGUUUGAAAAUUUCAGACACGAAUGCGUCAAUAUUUUUCAGCUCGUUGUUUGUAUUAUGUUAGUAACAUAGAUGAAACUGAUAGAAAAUCGAUAUGUUUUUGAAAUUUUAAAGUGAUUUCGUAACAUAUCUAUUCCCUCUCUAGAUAUUGUUGAAUAUGAAGUAAAUACAAUUCUUUGCAAAUAUAUGCAUGUAUUUUAAUUAUGGUGAAAGCAAAUUAAAUUCAUUGUUAGGAUUAUGCUAAGCAUAUCGGUAACAACGUUAUGUUUUAGUAAUUAAAAAAAAUCAAUAAUGUAGUUUUUCACACUAAAAAUGCAAGAAACUAAAUUAAAAAAAAAAUAUUAAAUGUAAGUGCAUCCUGGGUUUAUUUAAAUUAUUAUACUUCGUUAAAAUAUUUAGAUAAGAUUUAAUCAGAUCAAUUCAGAUUAACCAUCAAAUUUUUAAUGGUAAGAGAUUUUAAAUGAAUAGUUUUUCAAAUUUGGUAUUAUAUUAAACAAGAGCCUACUUAAAUUAUUUUAAAACUAUGACUACCAUUCUUAAAUGUCCAUACUAUUCAAUUUUCCGUGCUUUUUACAUUCUUUUUUCCUUUAAAAUCAACCCUUUAUUGUAAAACUACGAAAUAAGACUGAACAACCCGUGUCGAAUGCUUUCUUAAUAAAAAUAACACUUAUUCGUGUUUGAAGACUCAAUGUUAGUACCUCAAUAAAAUAUCUUUUCCAGAUUUUUACUGUAGUCUUAAAUGUCAAAGGUGAUAUCUAUUUAAGAGUAACCAGUGUUCAACUUUUCUAUUGUUUUUAAACACAUGUAAGCUUUUUGUGCUCAUUGUAUGUAUAAUAAAGCUGCUCAUUUAUAAGUAAAGUCCAGUAAAGUUCAACCAGUGUGACGAUGUCGGCUCCUUAAUAGUACUUACCUAACUUAAAAGUGUUGUAAAAUACCUUAUAAGGAAAAGACUGAGAUGUAUAACUGUAUAUGCGCUCUCUAAUAUUGUUGAAAAAUGACAAAAAAAAUCUUGAAUAUUAUUAUCUAUCUUUUCAUACCCUAUUGUAGAAAUAUCUACUCAAGACUUUCAAUAUUCAGAUCGCAAUAAUGAUUAAUUAUAGUUGUUGAUAAUUGUUACUUGUUUAAUAGAGAAAUUAUUGGUAAAAAAAAUUUAAGCUCAAAUGUUAAUUGAGUACUGUGCACUUAAGCAUUAAAAAGUUAGAUUUUUUGAAUUUGUUUUGAUAAAAAAAUGAGAGAAAAAAUUACUAUGCAUUAUGUAAGAAGUAGUAACUUGAUGUUUUUUAAAAAAAUUAUUAAAUAUUUAUAGAAAAUGAAGAGUUAUUUUAGUUGAUAAAAAUUUCACCGUAUAUAGAUAUAUAUAUAUAUAUAUUGCGUAAGACAUGUACAUAAGCGAAAUGAGAGAACGGAUAACAAAAUAUGUAGAAUUUCUUCGAACCGCGUCCAAGCCACAAUUUUAACUGGUCCAGAGUUUCUACUGGCCUUUCAACUAAAUUUUUUUGGAGAUUUGUGAUUUUCUUCCAAUUUGUUUCUGUUUCCAAGAAUCUAUUUUUAUCUAUCUAAGCGACUCUGUACUUACUUAAAGGCGAAGAGCACGGUUUGAAGUAAAAUUUUAGACAAAGUUUGUUACGUGUACUUAAAAAACUACUAAAACGAACUCCCUCUUCUGUAGAGUCUAGUAGGAAAACAAGCAUGUUUUCUAAUAAGUGAUUGUUCUUUCUGGUUAAGUACUUAUAACUAAUGCACGUUCAAAUCGAGUGUGUUUAACAGUUAGCCGUUUCUUCAUACUGUAAGUCAACUUACCGGCGGGUAUAUUUUCUUACUCAAUCUGGUGUCUGUUGUGUUAGUAAAUAAAUAUAUAUAUAUAAUAUAUAUUAUAUAUCAUUGUGUGUAAAAAUGUUGGAAAAUGUUAUAAUAAUAAGAGAAAAUUAUAUAUAUUUCAAUAUUCUUUCUAAGUACUAUAAAUCGGAGGGGAAAUCGGAGAGAUGAAAUGGUAUUUUAUAUUUUCUACUUGCAAGUUGUCCUGCUAUUAGCUUACUUUUAUAUGUAAAGGUACAAAAAAACGAAGUACAAUGCUUGGAAAGCUGGACAGUGUAUUUAUUGUGAAACGUUUUUUCCAUAGAGUGUGGUUUGUACGUAACAUAGAUUCUACUUCUAUUAUUAUGUGUGAUUGUAUAUCUUAAGAACGUGUGAUAAUUCAAUAAUGCUCUCGAAAUGCCCAGAUUAGAUACAACCAAUAGGAGUAACAUUCAAAUUAGUCUUUCGAUGCAAAAGCCUAGCACAAAACUCUCAGCCACUAUCUCUUUACAAAUAUACUCUGGCAGUGCCCCCACUGUCGUCGAAGCUAUGCAGAUCCUAAAAUCAGGUGUUCUUUUUGUGUAUCUUUCAGUGUUAUGUGUUUCAUGGUAUUUUUACAAUAUUCAAGCAAAUCAAGAUAUGUGGAAAAAAAAUUGCCGUAGCAAAGCUUGACCAAACUCCGAUCCGUAGAUAAAAAAUAGCUUUCUAUGUGUGAAAACCUGAAACGAAUUUCAAAUAACACUGUAUAGCAAUACAACAGUGCUAGAUUUGAAUUUUUUUCCAUUGACCACAUAGCUCCCAGGAUCGCUACUUAUCAACUUAAGUUACUUUACUUUACUUUUGCAAAACGGUUAGACAUACUCGUUGUUUAUUAUCUUAUUUAUUUAAAUAAAUUCAAUUCAAAUCAAAUUAUGUAGAAGUUAACCAUUUAGAUUUUUAAGACAUAACAGUGCUUUCAAUUCAUUCUUCUGGUAUGUCUGUUUCCCCUUCAUUGAAAUGUUUAACAUAUUGUUCCAUAUAGUAAUAAUUUUUUCUUGAAUUCGAUAUCUUUUCUACAGCAGAAUGCCCUAUUUAUUGUUCUUCGAGAGAAGAAUUUUUCUCACUACACGGAAAUCAUUGAUUUACCAUUUUUUAGAGUCUCAUUGUCGUUCAUGAUGCAUUUUUUCUAGACAUUUUUUAUUCACCUUUUGAGAACUUUUUCAUUGUUUUUCUUUUAAAAAAAAUGAUGAAGAAGAAAAUAAAUCAAAAUGGUGUGGAAUUUUUUAAACUCUUCGUAUUUAUGGCGUUGUGAUCAUGAACUGAUGGAAUUUUUUCUUUCUUGUUUUAUCUUGAGUUUUAAACUAAGCAAUGUCACUGUUCAUCCGACGUUUCUGUCUUUUUGGGAUUUGUAGCAAUUUGUUGUUGCUGCUAUAUUGAUGAGUAUGAUAAUCUUUGUAGCAUUUUGCUAAUGCAGAUUUAUAAUUACUGUUCCACGUGCGUUCGUUCCUCUAAUGUGAUGUGCACAUAUAAUAUCUUAGUCGUAAGAUUUUCAUACGUUCUUAUAUUUUUAAGUUUGUAAUAAACGUUUGAGCAUUAUUUCUAUAA